AAAAAUCAAACUAAAAUUCGUUUUAACCGGAUUUCGUCGGUAGUAUAACGAUUACACGUUUAUAAAACAUCAAAAAAUGUGAUUUACACCUAUUACGCCGGUUACAACGAUUAUUUUAUCACAAAUUUAAAAAAUGCGUUCAUCGGAACGUACCAGUUCCGAAAAAUAUUGCUUUUCGAAUCAUUUCUUAUAUUCGAUUCGUAAUCUGAACGGUAAAUCUCCCAUUCAUAGAUCAACUUUUUUAUCACAUCCGGUGAUGUCGAUUUAAUCGAUAAGCUUGUAAAUUUUCACAAAAAACAAUAUGAUUUGAGAAUCGUGAGAAUCGAUACGAACUGCUAAAUGAAGAGACUUCUUAUCGUUCGGUCGCGUCAAUAUUUAUUCAUAUUUUCAAAAAUUCUCGUCUCCUUUUAUAUUUGAGGAUAAAUACAUUUUUCUUUAUAAACUUAUAUCAAUUCCUCGGUCAAUUGAACUGUAACAAACGACUAUUAUUGAUAAAACUUCUCCAGUUUCGUUAUCGUGUCGAAAUUACGAGCAGAAACAGUGCACUCACAACUUCGAUGAAUUUCAUAACUCGAAUUCGAUUCUCCAUUCAAUAAAAAAUUUUCAUUAGCCACGAUUUUAUCACCGGAAUCCUUGAUACAGUUAAAGUUAAUCUUUGAUACGAGAUCGAUUAUGACACGCGGCAUUGUAAUACAGCUGUCACUCAAAAACUUUUCGUCAAUAGGCGAACAUGAGAUUUUUUUCGUUCCUGUGGACAUAAAAUUUGUGUUUGUUGACAAUCAACCAUGAAGCUGGAAGUCAUCCAACGAUUAAUUCAUAGCGCCAAGAAAACGAGGUGAAUUUGAGUCAAAAUUCGGUUUUCGAUUAUGCCCAAAAACUUCAUUUAAAAAAAUAUUUAUUUUCGCCAAUUGAUUUCUGCUAAAUCACGAAAUGAUUUAGCCGACAUCGGAGCGUCGAUUCUUAUCUCCGUGCUUUCGAUCGACUCGAUAUUGAUUCAAACUGCUGAUGAAUGGAGAUAAAAAUUUGAAUCUCGUGUGCCAAUAAUCUUUACGUAAUACAAAUCGUGGAUUUGGAGCCCUCGAUUGGCACACUUCCUAAUCAAAAGAGCCGGGAUUUCCGUACAUUUGUUUCGAGGUUUUUACGACGUCAAAUUUCAAAUGUCGAGUGUGCAUCUGAAGGAACGUCGAGUGGGAUAAAACGUUGAAUUGAAAGCGUGAAAUUUUUAUCGGAAAUAUCAAAUUUUUCGUUAAAAACUGAAUCAACCUUUGAGUUGAUAAAUUUGUGAAAAAUCAUCCUUUCGAAUAAACUUUUAUAAAUCAUCUGAAAAUUUGUUUCCAAAGUCCGAGCCUCCCUCCUUUCGACAUUUCGGAAGAAGCUUGACAACUAAUGAUCGAUCGUUAUCGAAUCUGUGGCAGGAAAUGAGCCAAACGUUCGUAUUUAUCUAGAUUUAUUAUCCAACCACGUUUUUUUGUAUGCGAUUAAAAAUAGGGUAAUUCGAAGAUAAUAAAAACAGCGAUUAACGAUGCUGGUUCCACACCGAUGAGAUUGGGUGGGAGGCGAACGGCUCGAGAUCGCGAGACCGGUAUAUAAAGGUACGAGAAUUGUGGGUAAGCCUCGCAAUUGCAGUUGCAGAAUCGAAAUAUCGCGGGGGUGUUUCGUCAGCGCACUUAAUCUCUUUCGAAAGUGCCGAUGAAGGAGCCUUCGGCCUCUUUUUGUUAUUCGAUAUUAUAAGGAUUAGGAAAAAAAUGGUUUUUGUAACGAAGCUCAAAGAAUUGUCCGUGAGUCUCGCGUUCUGUGCGGUGUCCUCGAUAGUUUUAUUGUUCUGGAUUUACGCGCGUUACAAGCUCAACUAUUGGAGGCGCCGCGGGGUCGAGCAACUGUCGAGCUACGAUUUGAUAUUCGGCAAUUUCAAGAACGCCGUUUUAUUCCGCACCGCGCCAGGAUGGCAUCUCGGAGUCCUGCACAGAGCAGCUUCCCCGGAAGUGCCGUAUCUCGGUAUUUACAUAUUCCACAAGCCGUGCCUACUGCUUCGUGAUCCCGAGAUCAUAAAGCAAGUUAUGAUCCGGGAUUUCGAGAACUUUUCGGACCGUCACUUCGCCGGCUCGCAACAGAAGGACAGCAUCGGUAUGAAGAACCUGUUCGGGCUGAAGAAUCCCGCCUGGAAAUACUUGCGGUCGAAAAUCACGCCGACUCUGACGAGAGGAAAACUCCGGGAAAUGCUCCCCCUCAUGCUCGAAACCGCGGAACCGAUGAAGCAGUUUUUGGACACUCGUCGAGGGGACGACGAAGGCGUGAAGCUCGUCGAUGCUCAAGAGCUCAGCUACAAAUACGCUACCGAUCUCAUCGCGAGUGUUGCUCUCGGCACGAGAAUGGAUUCGUUCAAUUACCCCAACGCCGAAUUCACCAAGUCUGUGAUGGAGUUUUUCCACGGAUUCAAAAGGAUGGUUGCCCUCGUCACGGUAUUCUUCAUGCCCGAGUUGGUGGAAUUGAUAGGAUCGCCGAUGCUUUUCAACUCGAAAUUCGUGCGAAAAGUUUUUUGGCGAGCGAUCAACUCGCGGGAAAAAUCAGGCGAGAAAAGGGGCGACUUCAUCGAUUCUUUGGUGCAGCUAAAAGCCGGAGAGCAGAAUAACGUUUACAAAUUCGAGGGCGAAAAUCUUCUCUACCAAUCAGGAACGUUCUUCUCCGGGUUCGAGUCGAGCGCAACGACUGUCAGCUUCACGUUGAUGGAGCUCGCGAAUCAUCCUGAGCACCAGACUCGGGUCAGAAAGGAUAUCGAGAAAUCGAUCGAAAAGCACGGCUGGAGUUACGAGGCUUUCAGUGAUAUGAAGUACCUCGAUCAGGCCUUGGCAGAAGGAAUUCGAUUGCAUCCUCCGGUCUCAACGAUCGACAGAUACACGCGUGAAAAUUACACGAUUCCUGGCACGAACGUAGUCCUGGAGAAGGGUACUCCGAUCUACAUUUCGCUGUACGGUCUCCAGGAAGAUGCGAGGUUUUUCGAUCGGCCGGAGGAGUUCGAUCCCGAAAGAUUUUCCGACGGCAAGAACGUUAGCGACGCUUACAUUCCUUUCGGCAUUGGGCCAAGAAUGUGUGUUGGAAUGAAAGUGGGACAACUUCACGCCAAAGUAGUAAUCGCCAUGGUCCUACGAGAUUACGAGAUUUCGCAGCGUCCUGAGAACAAAAGUGUGUUGGAUCCGAGGUCGACCUUCACAGCAGCCGCCGAUGGCAUUCUGUUGCAUUUCAAAAAGAUCGUCCGAUGAUUAGAUCCUCGUGACACGUCACGUUAAGAUAUUUUUAUUGUUGACCAAUUGGGAUCACGAUCGAAGCUCAAAAUGGAUAGCACAGCAUUGUCCGGUGUGAAAAAGAACGAAGGAAAUACUCACCUUUUGCCCAGCUUGAUUUCUAGUUUUCCGGAACAAUUUCGUGAUCCUAAAGUGAAAUAGAAAUAAGAAAAAUAAGAAAAAACUUUUUUUUCUCACUUGAGGAAUGAACAUUUUCUAUGGCAAGAAGUUGCGAUACCUUUGUACAUAUUAAUGCAUUGUUAAAAUUAGAUGUAGAUGUGAUUGUGAAAAAGACGAAAACACUGAAAGUGCGUAAGAAAAAUUGCAUAGAAUGAUCGAAUUCAGGGUGAGGAUUACCAUGUUGUAAGCAAAAAAAUUCUAUUUAUUGUUUAUGAUAAUUUUUACCUCCUAUAACGAUAAAUAAUUUAUGAUUAUUUGUGAAAAGGUGCAUUCAUUGAAAAUAUGUGUAAAUAUUGAAUGUGUACAGUACAAAAUCAAUAAAUUAUGCAAACUCGAUAAAC